GGAUUACAAAGUAAUGAUAUUUGGCCCACCUUUACUUGAUAGUAUUUUCAAUAUUUUCUGUCUGUGUUGUUGCGCGGUCAAAGAAAGACAGAGUUUCCGUUUCAGUCUAUCUUAGUUUUUAAAGGCGAAAUGGCAGAAGAAUUAAAACAACCUACUCCUCGAGAGUUUUUGACUGAGUUUAUUGAACUUUAUAGAAGUCAUACGUGUUUGUGGCUCGUUAAGAGCAAAGAUUACUCCGACAGAAAUAAAAGAGAUAUUGCAUAUGCUGAGCUCGUAAAAAAAUUCCAGGAGUUUGAUUCAUCGGCAGACCGAAAUAUCGUUAUCAAAAAAAUUAGUGCAUUACGUACGGUGUAUAAGAGAGAACUGUCAAAAGUUGUCAAAUCGGAAAAAUCCGGGACGGGCCAGGAUGGUGUGUAUAAACCUAGUUUGUGGUACUUCGACCUUCUGCAUUUUCUGAGAGACCAGGAAUCUGCAAGACCUAGUAGGAGUACCAUGAGUGAUGGCAAUCCAGAAACAGAACAAUAUGAGGAUUCAGAACAUAUGCAUCUACCCCAUUCCCAAGAAGGAGAGGUGGCUCUUCCAAUGUCAGGUGAUGAUAGAUGUAGCACGUCACCAUCACCAAACGCUAAGUCUAAAAAAAAAAAGAUGCUGAGUUCGGCAGAUGAGGUGAUAGAGCUAGCGGGAGAGCGGCUAAAAAAUAUUCAUCCUGAUGAUGAGUUCGAAGCCUACGGAAAGUAUGUAGCCCAUAAGCUACGUUCCCUUAAACGAACCCAGGCCAUAUUCGCGAGAAAACUCAUAAAUGACGUGAUUUUUGAGGGGGAGCUUGAAACACUCUCCAAAGAUUAUAAAGUAAUGAACAGUCAGCCAUAUAACCCCCAACUUUACCACCAACAAUUCUACCCCCUACUCUACAUCUCGGGAAUGCCAGACCAUCCUUGGCCUUUCAGUUCCAGUAACAAUAUUUUACAGCAUCCAAACUCUGCCACACUUCCCUACCCCCAAACUUUCAACCGUGAUACACCCGAUGUAUCCAACAUGGCACUGCCUAACGAUCCAACAAACUCUGCCACACUUCCCUACCCCCAAACUUUCAACCGUGAUACACCCGAUGUAUCCAACAUGGCACUGCCUAACGAUCCAACAAACUCUGCCACACUUCCCUACCCCCAAACUUUCAACCGUGAUACACCCGAUGUAUCCAACAUGGCACUGCCUAACGAUCCAACAAACUCUCCCACACUUCCCUACCCCCAAACUUUCAACCGUGAUACACCCGAUGUAUCCAACAUGGCACUGCCUAACGAUCCAACAAACAGUCCAAAACAACCCUGACCCCUGAACAACCAAUAUAAAUUUCGACUAAUCAAUUGAUAACAAUGUUUCAAGCUUCUUUUCAAAGUUAUCGGUGUAGUAGGACAUUAUUUUUCAUAUUCGAUGAUUUACUACUUUGUUCUAUGAUUAUUGACUUUAUAUUGUAUCUUUAUGUUAUCUUUUAUUACGUUAUGUACUUUUUUAUGUUUUACGAUUAUUAGUUUUAUAGUAGGGGAGGAAAGUAGGCUAAAUUUGCAGUUACUCGAGCGUUAUGGGGAACUACUGCGUUGUGAAGAUUAGGUCAUAAAAUCAAAUAAAGUUAAGUAAAAUUUGUCAUUUAAGUGGGGACUUUCCAUUUUAAUUUAAGUUUCCAUUUCCAACAAUCAUUUUUUCCGUUUACAGCGCCAUCUAUGCAUAAUUUGAAAAAAUGUUUCGAAUAAAAUUACUUAUUUUUACGCCAGGAAUCCAAAUCUGCAAUAUAAAAUGGGGGCUCCAAUUUAAUAUUUUAAAGUAACCCCCCACCCCACCUCCGUGGGGGGUCAUGUUUAGUGUCAUUCGAUAGAUUUUUCAAAAAUAAUGAAUACGUGUAUUUUGCAGUUUUUCGGUCUGAUGUUUAUUUCGCGAAAUAUCGCGGGGUUCCUAUUUGAAAUUUUAAAUUGACCCCCACCCCUCUCCGUGGGGGUCGUGUUUAGUAUUAUUCGAUAAAUACUUAAAAAAUAUUGAACACGAUUUUUUAGUUGUUCGAUCUGACGUUUAUUUCUCGAAAUAUUCGCAUUUAUCUUGUGAAAUUUUGUGACUCGCCCAUAUCCUUACGCCCCGCUCAAACUGGAUUUUUGGAUUUUUGAAAUAUACACUGUUCUGCAUGUACUUAACUUACCUUAUCUUAAUCUGACGAUUUCGAGUUUUUCUAAGGAUAGAUUUUUUUUCGGACCCCCGUUAACGAACUCCUCUGUAUUAAAAUCCAAUAUAUGGUAGGGGUACAUUUACAAGGUACAAGGUUUCUCCCUAUGUUA